AUGAUGCAACAUUCCUAUAACCCCGCAAUACCACUGUUCCAGCAAUCUGCACUGCUACCCGCAUCUAGAAGACAGUCACCAGCUAAACAGGUACACUAUGUGUCACUGGACAUACCAGUAGCUGGUGAAAUAUCUGAACUAGAGACUACCAGUGUGAAAGUUGAACCACAGAAGAGAUCGUCUACUAGAUCAAAUAUCAGCAAGCCACCUAAAAGAUAUGAUUAUGAGUUUGCAAACAUUGCAUUUAAUGUACCUCAGGACAUUCAUGAGCCAAAGUCAAAAACUACUUGGUCUCCGUUUCAUGAGCCACAAGCAAUUCCAGAUGGUCCAAAGAACAACUAUUUAAGAUCAGACACCACAGAUCCAGCAGAGGCAGCAUAUGAUUCUACAAACAAUGAUUACUUUAUUGGUGGUCUUGGAGUGGGUCCUGCCAACUAUUCAAGUUGCUCUAGUAAAGGGAUCUGUUCCACAUGGGGCAACAACCACUUCUUCACCUUUGACAAUGACCUUUACGAGUUCACUGGGUCUUGCAACUAUGUGUUUGCUACUGUCUGCGAUAGUAACACCCCUGAGUUCAAUGUCCAAGUGCAGCGGUCCAGUGGAACAUCCAUUACUAGAAUUAUAAUCCAGGUUGGACCCAUCAAUGUGGUGGUCAAAGGAAACACAGUCACAAUCAAGGGAAAGACAAUUAGUUUGCCUUAUACUACAAGUGGCAUUGAAAUUUUCAAAGCUGGAGCCAUAACAAAGCUAUUUGCUAAACAAAAAGGAUUUGAGCUAAUAGUGACAUGGAGCAGUGACAGCAAUCUUAUGGUUGAAAUUGACAGAAAAUACAUAAGUAGAACCUGUGGACUUUGCGGGAACUUUAAUGGCAUUCACAAGGAUGACUUUGUGGUGAAUGGGAAAAUGUUGACACCUUAUCAGUAUGCCAGUUUACAACAGAUUGAUGACCCUAAUGUAAUUUGCCCUCCUCAAGUGCCUGAAAUGAGAACUUUAAACAGCAAAAAAUAUAUAAGUCAAUGUUAUGAUCUUCUGGACCAAGUCUCUGCCUUGUGUUCGGUUUCCAAGAUUCCAUUUCUUAAACGCUGCCAGCAGGAUUUACAGCAAUGUUCCAUUCCUGGGGACUCCAACUGCACAUGUGCGACCCUCUCAGAGUACUCCACAAGGUGUGCCUUGUGCUCCCAGCCACUGAGCAACUGGAGGACCAAACACCUCUGUCCCUUGGACACUUGCCUGUCUAACCAGGUGUAUGAGGAAUGUGCAAGUCCGUGCAGCCCCACUUGCUCCAAUCCCCAGUAUACCUGCAACUCACACUGCGUGCAUGGAUGCUUCUGCCCGCCCGGAACUGUCCUUGAUGAUCUAUCUAAAAAUAACACCUGUGUGCCAGUCAGCGACUGCCCUUGUUUUUUUAAUGGAAAAAUCUACAGCCCUGGAGAUCAUAUUCGGACUGACUGCAGUAGCUGUCAGUGCCAAGUGGGCCAGUGGAGCUGCAAAACGACUCCAUGCCCUGGGAGAUGUUCUGUAGAAGGAGGCUCCUUUAUCACCACCUUUGACUCUAACACGUUUCGCUUUCAUGGCACCUGCAUGUAUGCUCUGGUCACGAGCCAUGAAUUUCCCGAUAGUGCAAGUGUCAUGGGAUCAUUUAAGAAGUGCGGUGUGAGUUCGACAGAAACCUGUUUCACAAGUGUCGUCUACACAUCUUCAACUGGUGUAAUAAUACUGUCCAAGGAAGAACAUAUCACAGUGGAUGGUCAACUUAAACAACUGCCUUAUGUUAUGGAUGACCUUAUUGUGACAAGACAGUCCUCCACACAUACCACCCUCUAUACAGCAUUUGGUCUGGAGAUUAUGGUACAGAGAAUUCCUGUUUUCACUGUCUACAUUAAAAUGGACAGAAGUUAUUUUGGAAACACCAAAGGUCUGUGCGGAAACUUUAACAGUGAAACUAGGGAUGACUUCCGCUCCAGCUCUGGAAUUGUAGAGGGGACAGUGACAGUGUUUGUGGACUCCUGGAGAGCAGCUGCAAACUGCAAACCAUCCCAGACUAUGGAUGUCAAUCCUUGUUCGAUGAGUAUAUCUAAUGAAAUAUUUGCACAGGCACACUGCUCUGCUCUGGUGAGCACUGGAAGCCCAUUUGAGAUAUGCCAUUCAUUUGUGGAUCCGGAUCCCUACUACAAGAGAUGUGUCUAUGAAGGUUGCAAUUACCAAGAGACUCUGAACUUUAUCUGCUCUUCAAUGGGUGCUUAUGCUCGUGCCUGUGCAGCCAAAGGGCUCAUACUGACAAACUGGAGAACAUUCACCAACUGCUCUAUUGAGUGCAGUGGUAACCAGACCUACAGUUAUGACACCAGCGCCUGUGGUCGGACCUGUCUGUCUCUCUCCAAUGUGCAGCUGGAGUGUUACCCCAAUGACAUCCCAAUUGAAGGUUGUAAUUGUCCUCUGGGCUUUUACUUGGAUGACAAACAGAAGUGCGUACCAAAGUCACAAUGUCCCUGCUACCUGAAUGAAAAUACACUCAUCAUGCCAAAUCAGCAAACACUCUUCAACGGACUCACUUGUUAUUGUGUCAGUGGAAGACUAAGCUGCAUUGGAAGAAAAGUAGAUUUUGCAGAAACUUGCAUUGCCCCAAAAGUCAUGAAAACGUGUGGAUCUCUGUCUGACAAAUAUGGAGCAGCCUGUGCACCUACAUGUCAGAUUCUGGCUACUGGCAUCCGCUGUGUACCCACAAAGUGUGAGGCUGGAUGUGUUUGCCCAGCUGGCACGUAUGAGGAUCUAGAUGGAAGCUGUGUGGCAGAAUAUGAAUGUUCCUGUGAAUAUGGAGGCACCAUCUACAGAAGUGGAGAAUCCAUGAAUAGCGAGUGCCAGAGCUGCUCCUGCAGCGGAGGCCAGUGGCAAUGUCAAGAUAAACCAAACUGUGCCUCCUCCUGUAUGUUGUAUGGGGAGAGCCAUAUCAAAACCUUUGAUGGACAACAGUAUUUGUUUGAUGGGGACUGUGAGUACACUCUAGUGACGGAUGCUUGUGGCUUGAACACUUCAAUGGCAUCAUUUCAAAUAGUGACAGAGAAUGUCAUCUGUGGAACUACAGGAGAGACCUGUUCUCGGACCAUCACUGUCACCAUCGGGAAUACAGAGCUGAAGUUGUUCGAUGAAAAGUACACUAUUUCCCAGUAUACACCCAGCCUGGAUAUGAGAGUACAGAACAACACCCUCUUCACCUUGUUUGAGUUCACAAUCCCUGAUAAGUUCUACAUCUCGCUCCUCUGGAACAAGAAUAUGAAUUUGAUUAUCAAGAUUUUAAAGCUGGGCAAGGAAUCAGUAUGCGGCCUUUGUGGUAACUACAAUGGAAACAUGAAGGAUGACUUUGAAACCAGGAGCAAGUAUGUGUCCUCUACUCAGCUUGAGUUCAUCAACUCAUGGAAAGACAGGCCAACAUGCAUGGAUGUCACCUCUUUUGCAGAUACAUGUGCACAACAUCCACAUCGGCUGAAAUGGGCUCAGGAUAAAUGUAGUGUGAUUAAAUCGCAUGUCUUUAAGUUAUGCCAUAACCUGGUAAGAGUCAAGGUGUAG